AGCUAAUUAAUGUGAUAAUUGUGCACAAUAAAAUGAUCGAAAUCGGAGGACCUGGCACGAUGUGGAGCGAAUUGGAAUGCAGUGGACUUGCCAUAGAGAAUUGCCAGUGCUCCAGAUUACAGCGAUCGUCUCAAAGAUCCACCGAUAAACCCUUAAUCCCAAGGGUCAGCCUGCGUUAUCAGCCAUCAGCGGUCAUCCCCUCAUUCCUGGCCAUCGGGAUUGUGCUAACGAUCUGUUUAGGAUCCGCCCUCGGUGCUCCACAAUCCUCCUGCAUCAUGUGCGACAAGGAGGACCUGCGUCCACGAGUCCCACCGUAUACCGACAGUUACGAGGAGUACACCUUCGACCACCAGGUGACCCAGCAAUCGGCCAUCGAGUCCAUGCUGAAAUUAAAUGGGACAAAAGGUCAGAACAACGCCUGCAGUUCAAUCAAGUGCCCUCCGAAUACACCGAAAUAUUGCCUAGGACAUCAGUUUAUCAACGAUCACUGUUGGUGCGAACUGCAACAUCGAGAAGAGGGCCUGCCUUAUGUACCUCACGUUUGCUUUGCGGAUCAGAAGGUGCACACAUCCUCCGUAGAUUCCUGUUUCACAUUCGUGCAGGUCAAGGAGUGCUGCUGCGCUGAGAUCUGGUUCAAAAAGUGGCGACACAUUUCCGGCAGCUCUCGGAGUCGGCACAUACCAAAAAUAUUAGUACACCUGCUUCCAGCACUCAGUGUUUUUCACUGGAUAAGUAGAGGACAGACAUUUUGUUAAAGUUGGGAUGUCAGGAGCGAAGUCAUCAUGUGAAAGCUGUACAACAUAGUCAUAGCGAUGUAGGAUCUAGCCGUAAAAGAAUUCGAAUAAGUGUACUUAGUUCAAACAAUGUCCAAUGGUAAUCAAACCUACUUGCUAAGCAUAUAUUUAAGCGUUAAUAAAUACAAGUUUAUAAAGCUAA